AAUCUAUACAAACAACAAGAUUAAUCAAUCACAUUCUUGUUAAUUUUUUCAUUACUACAAAAAAAAAAAAGUGUGAAUGUUAUGAACCUAAUGAACGUAUAUGCAUGCAUGGUUGUAACAAUAUAUCAAUGAAUGAAUGUCUUCGUCUACCUCUUCUUCACGUUCAAAAUCAAAUGCUAAUUCUGAAAUGACCAAAGCUAAUAACCAAUACAGCAUUUCCCUUAGCCCUAUCCAUCCCAUCAUCAAUACACCCAAUUCAACGCCUGACACUCCUAAUGUCAAGAGUGAAAAAAAGAAAAAGUCUAUCUUGCCAAAGAUUUUUGGAUCAAAGCGAAACGGGAGAGGCUCGGAUGAAGAUGCACUCAAAUCUAAUCCGGAAGCAGAUUCAAUUUCAAUUAGUCUUGAUUUGGAGAAGAAGUUGGAAACCAAGAAAAAAGCAUUUCUUGAAGGUCCCAUGAUGAGAAAGAGUUUCUCAGAAAGGGAAACUAGCCCUGGGAUUGAAGGCUUAAAUUUAUGCACUUUUGAACAACGACCGAUGCCUCUGGAAAACGAAAUUCAGAGUUUCAGGGUCUUUGUUGCAACAUGGAAUGUAGGAGGAAAAUCUCCAAGCUAUGAUCUCAACCUUCAAGAUUUCUUGCUGGUGGAGGGUUCUGCAGAUAUUUACAUCUUAGGAUUUCAAGAAAUUGUUCCUCUAAGUGCUGGAAAUGUUCUAGUAAUCGAAGACAAUGAACCAGCUGCAAAGUGGUUAGCAUUGAUAAGUCAAGCACUAAACACACCGAAAAAUGAAUUAAGCGAUUCAUCCGAUUCAGGAACCGGAUCGAAAUCAAAGGAAUCAAAGUCACCGGCGAGUCUAAAUUUCUUUCAGAAGCCUUCUCUUAAAGCUAUCAGUAGAAACUUCAGGGCAGAAGGAAGCAGCCUCCUUAAGGCAUGCAAUUGUCCUGUGGAAUCUCCGUUAAGAGAGAGGCGGAGGGUUAGAAAGUUUAGUGAUCCUAUGAGUAAGUUAGAAACCGAGAUUCGUGGAGAAAGCAGUAUGGAAGAGUUGCUUUCAAUUGCAGAAAUACCUGCUACUCCUGGCCAAUCUAAAUACUCCCUUAUAUCAAGUAAACAAAUGGUUGGGAUUUUUCUUACCAUUUGGACUAAGAAAGAAUUAGUACCUCACAUUGGUCAUCUUAGAGUAGACUCUGUAGGGAGAGGAAUCAUGGGUUGCUUGGGCAACAAGGGGUGUAUAUCGAUGAGUAUGUCAUUGCAUCAAACAAGCUUUUGUUUCGUAUGUAGUCACUUGGCUUCUGGCGAGAAAGAAGGCGAUGAGGUGAGGAGGAAUUCUGAUGUAGCUGAGAUUCUCAAAGGCAUACAAUUCCCUAGGAUUUGCAAGAAUCCUUGCCGGAGAGCACCAGAAAAGAUAGUAGAUCACGAUCGAAUAAUAUGGCUCGGAGAUUUGAAUUAUAGGGUGGCAUUGAGUUAUGAAGAAACAAGGGUUCUAUUGGAGGAUAAUGAUUGGGACACUUUGUUAGAAAAAGAUCAAUUGAACAUAGAAAAAGAAGCAGGAAGAGUUUUCAGUGGUUUCAAAGAAGGAAGAAUAGUCUUUGCACCAACUUACAAGUAUUCACAAAAUUCAGACUCUUAUGCUGGUGAGACUGUUAAAUCAAAGAAGAAACGUCGAACGCCAGCAUGGUGUGAUAGGAUACUGUGGCGUGGCAGCCGCAUCGAUCAAGUAUCCUACAUUCGUGGAGAAUCAAGAUUCUCUGACCAUAGACCUGUUUGCGCUGUCUUUUCUGUGGGUGUGGAAGUAAGAAGCAGAAACAAUAGAUUCAGAAAGGGCUAUUCUUAUACAAGCCCGAGACUCGAAUAUGAAGACUUGAUACCUCAAAGGCAUAGUUUCUAUGAUUAUUAAUCCAAACCUCAAACCAAACUUGUAUAUUUUUCUCUUAGUGUCUAUAUAGAAGAAUGAUGAUUUUUCGCCUUGCUUUUAUUGUCUUUCUAUUUUGCCACCACACUCACCAAAAUGUCCAUAGAUGGUUAGAAUUAAACAAUCCUUAACUCCUAACAAUUUAUUGUAAAUAGAGUUGAACCAUUCAUUGUCAUACAAACAUGAAAUAUUGAGGAGAAACAUAUGCUAUUAAUAAUAAUUUGAACAGACUAUUAUUUGAAAAAAAAAAAAUAAUUUGAACAGACUAAAGCUCACUUGAGUUACAUAUCAAGAUAGAUGGUCCCUACUUAUUUAAAUCUCUAUUUUCUAUCUAAUUAAAAUGUUGAAAGAAGACAUAUUGGCAUGCAGCUCGGAUCAUCUGCGGUGUUGUAUUUCUGUCCAGUGAGAUUUUACUCACUGGACAAGAAGGCAGCACUAGCACUACAGAUGAUUCGAGUUCAUCAGAGAGGAAAAGAACCUAAUGGUAUGUCAAGUCCCAAAUUGAGGUUUCUUCGUGACUUAAUGUGGUAUCUUGUUCUUGAUUUUGAUUCAAGUCCACAUUAUCUCUUUCCAUGUUCACUCCCAUGUGCAAUUCAAGAUCUUGCAUGCCAUUAAGCCAAAAUUCACCAUAACCUUCUACUGUCCUAUCCACAAUCUCUCUCAACUCAUUAACAUUCCCAACGAGGUUUCCAUGAUCCUGAUUCUGAUUACUAGUUCCUGCUAUAUCCAUAUUAAACCAAUCAUCUGACAGAUAAUCAUGAAAAGGAACAUGACCUUGUUCUGAUCUGUAAGAACAGAAGGAUUCAUGAUUCACCCUUGAACUCUUGUCUGAAAAUCCCAUACACAAUUCACUUUGUGGACACUCAGAAUAUUGACAGGAAUAC